AUGUCAACAGCGACACGGCCCGCCGCUGUCAUGCCGGCGGGAAGCAACUCGGACGAGACACCACCGCCAUGGGAAAAGGUCCUUUGGCGACGACAGCCGUAUCCUGACAACUAUGUCCCAGCAUCCUUCCUCGCGGAACUGGACGAGACGCCUCCACGACCACGUCCCAGCCUCGUACCUCUCCUCGUCGCGACGCUCCCAGUCUCGCAACACCUGGCAGUCAUCACCCUGUUCCUUGCUGUCUUCUACGCAAUGCUCGUGGGCGACUUUGGCGCUACAGAAGUGGGAUGGGGAUGCUGCAUGGUUGGAGUGGUAGCCUACGUCUUGUGGAGAGUCGGGUGGGGGAGUAGCACAGCCGCAACGCGCACGCUCAUUCCCGAGGCCUCGGCGAUGCGUCCUCUCCUCCUUCCUCCACUCCUGCUGUCGCUCCUCUCUCCAGUCCUUGGCACGCUCACGAGUGCGACCACCUCGGACAGUAUCUGGCCGCUUGCUGGCGGACUGUUUUUCCUCCACCUUCUCUUGGCCGAUUUCACCACCGGCCCCGACGCACGGCGCAGGGCACGGUUGCGCCGCGCGAGGGCGAAACGGAGGCGGAGCAGCGUGGGAAGCGUCGAUGAAGUCGUAGAGGAGAAGAGCCUGUCCUCGUCGCUUUCGCUCACGUCGGCGCUCUCGGCGUCCGUGGUGCUCGCAUCUCGCCUUCCUUCAACGGCACACGUCUUCAGUCUCAUUCUACUCGCAGCAGGCCUCUUUGCCGGAUGGCCAACUCUUGCCAAGGGUGUACGGGAAUCGGGGCGGUCUUUCUCAGCCGCAUUAACCAUCUCCAUGGCCUGGCUCUCCAUUACGCUCCUCCCCCCUUCCAAUAAGCCCCACUUGAAGCUUGGGCCCUUGAGCAUUGCGCGUCCGUCUGGCGCGACUCUGGUGUUCCUCGGAGUCCUCCUGCUCGUCAAUGUUGGUGGUCCACUCAUGCUGUGGUGGGGCUGGCGAUGGAAGAGGCGCCUCGAUGGGUCAUGGGACCAGGCCGUUAUCCGAGUGCGGAAACGACGUCAGUAG